UUAUUUUUUAAAUUAUAUUUUUUUCUUUGAAAUUACAAUUUUACGCAAAGACACAAACAAUCGGAUAAAUAUAAAACUCUUUGUCUUGUUAUAUUUGUCCUAUGUAUAGACACUAAAAAGGAUGUGGGCCACAUCAAACUUUUUAAACACAGUUCAUUUUCAGAGCCUUUUGGUAGUAUUCUCUCUCUCUCUCUCUCUCUCUCUCUCUCCCUCUGAUUGUGUAUCUCUCUCUACCUCGCUGACGUUUCUCUACCACGUGACCAGGCUGUGGUAUAAAUGUUGACAGAGGCUCCGACCCCUUCUGUGACUCAGGUUUGGCGUUUUAGUGAAGUUCCCAGGCCAAAAAGGUUCCGGCAGUAGAUCGUAAUAUUUAAAUAAGCUGCUUAUGGAAACAGACAGGAGAGCGACGUCUCUCACAUGCUCCUGUCCUCUCCCUCACCUCCUCCUCCUCCUCCUCCUCCUCCUCUUCCUGUGAGUUUCUGAAAGGGCAGCUCGUGCACCUCAUCUGGACCGGGAGUGCAGGCACGGCCGUCAGUGUGAGCCAUGACUCUGAGCUCAGAGAUGUCGGAUGCCUCCAUCCUUUCGGAAGAGACCGACAUAGAUGUGGUCGGAGAAGGGGAGGACACCGGGGACAGCCACACGCGCUCCUUCGUGGACGAGGUAGCGCAGAUGCGCGACGGGAUCCUCCUGGCCGACUCCUCUCCUCCUCCUCAGUGCCUGGACUCGUCCGCCUCCUCCAGGGAUACCUACAAGCCGACGGGCAAGAACACCCUGGUGAAGCCUCCGUACUCGUACAUCGCCUUAAUCACAAUGUCCAUCCUGCAGAGCCCCAAAAAGAGACUCACCCUGAGCGAGAUCUGCGACUUCAUCAGCAACCGCUUCCCGUACUACAGGGAGAAGUUCCCGGCCUGGCAGAACUCCAUUAGGCACAACUUGUCUCUCAACGACUGCUUUGUGAAGAUACCCCGGGAGCCCGGGAACCCUGGGAAGGGCAACUACUGGACUUUGGACCCGGAGUCCGCCGAUAUGUUUGACAACGGGAGCUUUCUGAGGCGGAGGAAACGCUUCAAGCGGCAGCAGACGCAGGACCUGCUGCGGGAGCACAACACUUUCCUCCCCGCGGCGGCGGCAGCGGCGGCCGCGGCCGCUGCCUACGGGUACGGACCGUACGGCUGCGGAGGAUACGGCAUUCAGCUGCAGUCCUACCACACACACUCCGCUCUUUUUGCCUUCCAGCAGCAGCAGCAGCAGCAGCAUCAGCAUCAACACUCCAGGCAUUCUCAUCCACACACGGGAACCAUAAUCCCCGCGCCCUCUCUCAUGCCCACCACCACGGACUUAGUCAGGACUAGGUUUUACCCGCAGCUCGGCUCCAGCCUGAGCUCGGCGGCUGCUCAGGCGUCUGCAGCCCCGGUGCAGAAGUCUGCACAGCAGCAGCAGCAGCAGCAGCAGCAGCAGCAGCAGCAGCGCUCCCCUUUCUCCAUAGAAAGCAUCAUCGGCGGCUCAUUGAGCCCCUCCAGGACUUCUCCGGUGCUUGUACCGGUCCUCCCCUCUUCUCUUGCUCCGGCAGCGCAGCCGCAGACUCAGUCGGCGGCCGUUUUACACCCGGGAGCGGAGACCUUUGCGGGCAGAGUGGUGAGCGGCACGAGCGGCUGUUAAAUGUCUGAACUUCCUGACCUGUCCAAGAAAGUUAGACAAAAAAAGAAGUCACCCUCACCCCCUCCUCCCUCCCUCCCUCCCUCCGUGAAGGUAGGAUUAUUUUUGUAUGUUUAUUUUCUCGCACGCAUCAGCAGAAAGAUGGACGUAAAGAGAAACACUCGGUGUGCCUGCAACCACGCUGGUUUUUGUUUUUGUUUUUAACCUAAAGACUAUUUAUGUUUUCGUCUUAUUUUGGUGCGAAUCAGACUCUGGACCAUGAACUUAAAGUGAUUUUGCGUCUCAGGAUAUAAAUAUAUAUAUAUGACAGAAUAAACAGGUGAUGAAUGAUGACGUCUAGACGUGAACGUUUGGACUCUUCAUGUAUUUGUGUCAAACACAUCCAUGUUGUUUUUGUAUCGAUUCGGCAAAACAGGACGGAGCUUUUUCUAAUUUUUUUUACAAGUUUUGGUUUAAACUUUGUAUUAUAAGACACGACAAAGAUAAAAAAAAUCCUACAUUUAUAAUAAUAUUAAUAAUAAUAUGCACUGUGUGUUUAUUUCAGCAAUAAAACAUUGUACAUUUUUUGGCAAGUAUUGUGUUAUUCAAGUGUGAUAUUUUUUUUACACAGUUUUCUUUAAAGCAAAAACAA